AUGAGUUUAUUUCGAAAGGGGGAACCACGUCGCCACGAGGCACAGAUAUGCCAGUCCUGCAAAGAACUGGCAUGUCUAUCGACGAGCAUCUCAACAAACGACGAGUCACCACAAGUCCUUUUUCAAGAGGCGGCCAAGCAAAAAGCAAAGGCAUCCGUUUCAGCUCGGCCUGCUUUCGAAAGCCUUCCAUUGAUGCCAGACCACCCAAAGUCCUCAUCGUGGGGAUUAUGGGGAAACAGUGACGAGCUUGGAACGUUGAAUUUGCUAACAGAAGAGGUGGUUCGGAAGGCAUCGGAAGAAAUUAGGACAGGCCGAGUCGUUCCUUUGAACCUGCCUUUAGAUUGUCCUUUGCGUCCAAUGAAUCCAUUGAGAAAGCAAUGCGAACACCGAAUAAACGCCAAAGGGCAUGCGAAUGAUGACGAACUAGAUCUCAAUACCCAAAGCUCAAGUCACUGGGAUGGUUUGCGACAUUAUCCCUAUCAACAAACACUUCAAUAUUACAAUGGUGCGACCCAGUCGGACAUCUCCAGCUUCAAGCCCAAUUACAAGAUUGGUGUUCAAAACAUUGCACAGAAAGGCAUAGCUGGUCGCGGCGUGCUACUUGACUGGCGGCACUAUGCUCUGAAAUACAAAAUUAAAUAUUCGCCAUUUGAGGCACAUGCUAUACCUCUAUCUCAACUUCUGGAAGUUGCGGCCGAGCAGAACGUCCAAUUCUGUCCCGGAGAUAUUCUGUUAAUCAGGAGUGGUUGGCUGGAAGAAUAUAACAAGCUGACUACCCACGAGCAAGACGCAUUGGGACGGCGCGAGAAGCGGACAUUCUGUGGAGUUGAAGCCUCUCGAGAUUCGAUAAAGUGGCAUUGGGACAAUGCAUUCGCUGCGGUAGCAGGUGACACGACAGCGUACGAGGCGUGGCCUUCACUAAAACCAUGGGGUGUGUCAAUACACGAGGUGUUCCUCAGUGGAUGGGGUAUGCCUAUUGGAGAGACGUGGGAUCUGGAAGGUCUUGCGCAAGCAUGUCGGGAGCUUGGAAAAUGGACAUUUUUCCUAACUAGUCAACCGCUCAAUAUCAAAGGCGGAGUAGCGUCACCAGCAAAUGUGAUGGCAAUUCUCUAA